AUGACUUUGACAAGUGCGAUCCGGGAUAGUCCUGCAGGGCAGAUUCUACGCUUGAUCAGCCCGGACUGGUUGCCAUAUCCUGAGGAGCAAGAGCCCGAAGACGCGGAAAAAGGCCACCAGUGGUCACCGGAGAUACACAAGAAUGGCACCAUUAUAUGCAACUGGUAUAGCAAAUCCGAUCCCGAAAACCCCAUGAAUUGGUCGGCGCCCCGGAAGCUGUGGGUGGUAGCGUGUAUCUGCUACUGUUCCUUUGUCGUUUACAUGUCUGCACCCAUUUGGACAUCUGGUGAACAGCAGUUCAUGCAAUUUUUCGGCACCAAUCAUGCAUACACAGCUCUCGGACUGGCACUAUUCGUUUUUGGCUAUGGCGUUGGACCCCUGCUAUUCGGCCCCUUAUCUGAGAUUGUCAGUAUCGGCAGGAACCUACCUUAUAUCACUACCUUCGCGUUAUACAUGCUGGUGACCAUACCUACAGCACUGGUACGCAAUGCACCAGCAUUCAUGUUCUUGCGCUUCCUGCAAGGCUUCUUCGGAUCUCCGAUCUUGGCAACUGGUGGUGCGUCUCUGGCUGAUGUCUAUGAUUCGGCAUAUCUACCCUGCGCCAUGACAGGAUGGGCAUUCGCAUGUUUCACAGCACCAGUGGUUGGGCAGAUCAUCGCCGGUGCAGCGGUCCCAUAUCUUGGCUGGCGGUUCACUAUCUGGGAAACACUCAUCGCGUCUGCGCCUGUUAUCGUAAUGUUCUUGUUCCUUCCAGAGACAAGCGCCGCGACGAUCCUUCAUCAUCGAGCCCAUCGACUACGAAAAGCAUUGAACUCAGACAACAUCCGCUCCGAAGUUGAGAUCGAGCAGCAGCAUUUGACUCUGCAAGCCAUCAUUGUCGACUCUCUGAUCAAGCCUAUGGAAAUCGCACUGCUUGACCCAGCUGUCUUAUUCGCUAACGUCUAUAUGUGCCUUAUCUAUGGCAUAUACUACUCCUUCUUUGAAGCCUUUCCAUUGGUCUAUGGGGACAUGUACGGCUUUGAUCUCCUACAACAAGGGCUGGCUUUCUUGCCCAUCGCCAUUGGCACAUUACUCUCGUUUAUGCUGUACAACUCAUAUCUGGUGUUUUACCGCAUACCCAAAGUCAAAGCCGGUGCACCGACAAACCCCGAAGACCUCCUCUUGCCAGGUCUAGUCUCCUGCUUCUUCCCUCCUAUCGGCCUCUUUAUCUUCGGCUGGUCAUCCCGCCCUGAUGUGCAUUGGAUCGUCUCCAUGAUAGGCGUCACACUCUUUCCUCUAGGCGUAUUUGUGGUCUAUCAAUGCGUCUUCAUGUAUCUACCCACACUUUACCCCAGGUAUGCAGCUAGUCUGUUUGCAGCGUCGGACUUUACUCGCUGCACGUUUGCGUUUGCUGCGGUGUUGUUCAGCAGACCAAUGUAUGUGUAUCUGGGGAUGGGCAAGGCCUGUAGUUUGUUAGCUGGACUGAUGAUUGGAUGUAUCUUCGGGCUGUUUGCUUUACAUCGCUGUGGGGCUAGACUGAGGCAGAGAUCUAAAUUUGGCAAACCUUGA